AUGGAGCUCUUCGAGACCAACCCUUAUUUCUUCCCGGAGCAGAGGUUUUACGAUGGGGAGGGUUUGCUGGGGUCCCGUCUGCAGGGUUACGAGGCGGCGGCGGCGUUCCCCGAGCGGCACGAGGCCGGCCUGUGCCCCGAGGCCAGGGUGGCUUUGGAGGACAAGGACUCAGCCCUGCCCGAGCAUUGCCCCGGCCAGUGCCUGCCCUGGGCCUGCAAGGUCUGCAAGAGGAAGACGGUGUCGCUGGACCGGCGGCGGGCGGCCACGCUGCGCGAGAAGCGGCGCCUGAAGAAGGUGAACGAGGCCUUCGAGGCCCUGAAACGCAGCACCCUGCUGAACCCCAACCAGAGGCUGCCCAAGGUGGAGAUCCUGCGCAGCGCCAUCCAGUACAUCGAGCGGCUGCAGAGCCUCCUCAGCUCCCUCAACCAGCAGGAGCGGGAGCAGCGGGACCUGCGCUUCCACCCCGCCGCUCCCCAGCCCGGGGGAACCAGCGAGUGUGGGUCUGGCAGCUCAUCCUGCAGCCCUGAGUGGAGCAACCAACUGGAGUUUGGCACCAACCCUGCAGAUCAGCUCCUGGCUGAGGACGUGGCAGAGGAGCAGAACCUGCACUCUCUCUCCUCCAUCGUGGAGAGCAUCGCCGUGCAGGACGUGGCCGCGACGUUCCAGGACGAGCAGGUUCAAAACUGA